CUUCCUAUAGGUGAGUAGCUUCUUUACGAUCUUCUGCUUUGUGGUCAUGUUAAAUCCUCUUUUGCUAUUUUUUAUCCAUUUAUUCUAACUUCGAUUUAUGUAUAUGUUCUUUGUCGUGAGUUUUGAUUGUCUUUGUGGACUUAAGCUUAAGUCAAAUAAUAUGUUGAUUUGGCAUAUAUUUCUUUUUGUUUUUUUCCUUUCACUUUAUAGUCAUUUCAAAAUUUUGCUUUCCUUGCGUUGAGUGGAACUGACAUUGUCUGGUCAGUGUUCUCUAAAAUCACUCUCAAAAACGAAGUAGCUAAAAAACGUGAAAUCUCUUGGAUGUUAACUGCGAGGAUGAAUUUCAAAAGUGGAAAAAAUAUUUAGUUAAGUGAUUAUAAAGUAUUGGUUUUGGAAGAUUUAGUUGAGAAAUUCCCUAAGAUAGACUUAACAUUUUUUUUUGUCAUAAAUAUAGACCUCAAAAAUAAAAAUGACCAAAAUAGAGUUAAAUGUUUUAUCAAAAAAAGUAAAUAUACACUUAUACUCCUAGGGUUAAUUAAUCUAGAUAUUAGGGUUUAGAGUUAAAGAGGUGGGGUUUAAGGUUUAUGAUUUAAAAUAAAAAAAAAUUAAAAUUUUCAAAAUAAAAAGUGCUAUUUUAGCCAUUUUAGUUUUUGAGGUAUAUUUUUGUGACAAAACUUAAAAAUGUCUAUCUAUAAGAAUUGCCCUCAGUAGUUUGCUAAUGUCUUUUCAUAGGCAGAGUAGUGAGUUUUUAUUUAAGUGACAUGUUUUUGUUGGAAAGCGUUGUUUUGUAGAAAAAUGGAGGAUCGAAAGCAGACGAGCUUCACGUUUGAGAUAGAUAACUUCUGGGACAAGGAAGCUUUGAUACGUUCACCAAAUUUCUUUAGUGGAGGCUGCGAAUGGUUUGUUGAUGUUUAUCCCAGAGGAUGCGGUAUUGAAGAUCACUUGUCUACGUUCCUCUGUGUUGCAAAUCCUGAAUCAUUGCUACUUGGAUGGAAAAUAAGAGCUAUUCUUUCAUUAGUUCUAUUAAACGUAUCCGGCAAAAGACUCUACAGAACAUAUAGAGAUGGACCACCGUGCAAAACUUUCUGCGCUCAGUUUCCAGCAUGGGGUUGGGCAGAUGCCAUGCCUCUUGAAAUGCUUCAGGAAAAUGGGUUUAUGGAGAAGAACAAACUGAUAGUCCAAGUCAAAGUACAAGUAGUUGAAGUUGUUGAUGAAGCAGAAGUUACUGGGAAGGAGACAUUAGAUGUCAAUGGUUUCCAAGUUCUUUAUAGUGAGGUUGGUCAAGUGACUACUAUUUUCGCGAAGCACCCGGACGUUGCCUUAAAUUUCAUACCAAAGAGCCAAUUGGUGAAGACAGUAUACAUGAAACUCCUCAUGUUUCUCAUUGAGAAACUGAACAAGCCUCCACGUAGCUUCAUCAAGAAUGAAUUAAGCAACGCUCGCAUGGAGUUGAUAGAUCUAACAAAAGCAGGGUUCAAGCUAGACUGGUUGAAGGAAAAGCUUGAUGAGAUUUCCUUGGAGCGGAAGAAAGCAAAUGGUGAUGGUUCCUUGAGUUCUUAUGGUUUUCGAGUCCAAGAACUCGAGGAACAAGUUAAGAAUCUCAACCUUAAACUGGACACAGAAAAGGUCAAGUCUGCUAAAGUUUUGUCGCUGGAACAGACGGUGUCGGAUCUCAGAGAUGAGCUGAGCAAGGAAAAAACCAGAUCUACUACUACUACUAAAGACGUGCUUGAGGGAGUUAUUCGCUCUUGGGAAGUAUUGGAUUACCCGGAUCUCAGUAAUGAAGAGGUAGAAUAAGGAAUGACAUUUUAUUACUGUUUUUCUGUUUUCUUCUAGAAAUUCAAAAGUUCUAAGUUUAUGGUCUUCUCUAUUUAAAAUUUUAAAUAUAUUCAAAUUCUAUUUUAAAUACUAUCACUAUUUGAUUAUUGACUUGAGUGACGUGGCCAAAACAAAUGAAAAUAGAAAAUGAGACUUCUCUGAUGAAUCGAUGGCGCAAUAGCUGUUGAAAAGGGAAAAGAAAAUAGAAAAUCCAGAAUUUGGGAUGCAAAUUAAUUUACAUCCAGAUUCAAUAUCUCAAUAUAAUUUUUAUGUUCAAUUAAUUUAUGGGUAUCACAGACCUAUAAAAGGUCCAGAGUAAUCCUUAAAGGAAGUGCAGUCCAUAGAUAGACAUUUUUUUCGGAUAUACAAAUGAGUGCAAAAACAUAGAUCCAUGCCCGUAUAGAUGUUUAGAAAAAUGUGACCAAGUUUUACGCAAUAAGUGAAUCAAGUUACUGAAACGUGUUAGCAUCCCAGACCCAGGUCUUUACCAUCCACCACACGGUCUCAGACUGAAUAUAAAUUUUUAGGAAAAAGCCAAUAUCAUAGGGACUCAUGCAGCCAUAUACGCCAGACAUCUUAUGAAAUGAACAAGACCUAAGUUAAACUGCUAUAACAUCUCAGAAAAUUAAAUACAUCAUUAUAUCUUAGAAUGUUACUCCCUUUUAAUUAUAAAAGUCUUAAUGUUACGCUCUCUGUUUUAGUAUAAGUGGCGUUGAAUAUUUUUACUCAAUAACUAUAAAAAUAUAAAAUUUUAUACAAUUAUCUUGGUUACAUAAAAAUAUCAUUAAAUAAAGAUAUUUCAACUAGUAAAAAAAGAUAUAAUAUUUUGUAGUUGAUCACAAAUUUCAAAUAACAUUAAAUUUUAUCUAGAUAGUGAGAACAUUAUUUAUUUUGUAACAAAAAUAUUUUUUUAACACUACUUAGGACAUCCGCAGAGGUCCAAUUAAGUAAGAAUAGCUCAACAGAAAAAUUAAUAUAAAAUCUAAAAGUAAGAAAAAGAAGUAUGAAAAGAGGAAUAAAGCCUCUUUGUGGAGAGACUUUCACCGAAUUUAUCUACAUGUGUCACUUUUUAGAUAACAUAACAAUUUUUAAAUCAUUAAAUUUUAUUCGUUUAUUAAUAUAUCUAAUCUAUUAAAACAGAAUUAUAAAUAAAAAUUACCCCUUAAACUUACAAUUUAAUUACACUAGAAUGCCACUGAGUUAAUUAUUAAACAUAUAUUUAAGUAUUCUGUCUUUUCCCUUUUUAAUAAUAUAGAUUUCCUAAAUUAAUCUAACAUUCUCGGCAAUUAAAUCAAGUUCUAGAAAUCAAAUACAAUCAAUGCAACAUUCCUAUUUAAUGCCUUGCCAAUGUCUACGGAUGAAAUUUAUCAAACCAUAAUCUUUAAUAUUCUCCUAACCAUUUUCAUCUUUACGUAUAGCUAAAGAUUAAGCCAAAACAAAGCAAUGAAAUGUUGAAUUAAUGGAAUUCUUUAUAUUAAUCAACAAUUCUCUAUAUUAUAUCAUACGAGUUUAAUUCAUUUAUAUUACCACAAGAUCGACAUAUGCAAUAUUUGAACAAAGUAUAUAAAUAAAAUCCGUUUAACCAAAUUUAAAUUCAUUCGUUGAGUAACAAUAAAAUCUUUUAAUAACAAUAAAAUCCAUGAUUUAAACAAACGAUUUCAACUAUACCAAAAUCUCCCGUAUAAGAAAACUGGUAACUAUACCAAAAUCGCCGGUAUAAUAACAAUAAACUAUCACAUUAAUCAACAUGAUUAAAUUUAGAUUUUAGUGAUUUAUAGUCAUUUAAAAAAAU